UUUUUUUCUCAAAGCGAUUUUGUAGUCCACAUUUAGUUAUGCCGAAGUUACCAGUAGACAAGUCCAAAUGUACGGUCGUUGGGUGUAUCAACGCACACAAUUCCUUACAUCGCCCACCGGCAUCGGAGCCUCUUCGAAGUGCCUGGCUGAAUUUCAUUUUUCACGGAAAUGUACCGACAUCAGUGGGGAAAGUCCUUUUUGUUUGCUCGAAGCACUUCAAGGAUGAGUGCUUCAGCAACCUCCGCCAGUAUCAAGAUGGAUUUGCAGAAAGACUUCGUCUGAAUGAGGGAUCAGUACCUUCUCUCCAUGGAAACGACGAACACAUCAAAGUGGAAUGUCGAGUAAAUGCCAACUGUCAAGGGUCACCUCUGGUAAGACACGUAGCCUCCCAGACAGAUCCCCCAGACUUUGAUUUCCCAAAGACAAGAUCAGUCAGCACACAGCUGUCCAUGAAAACGCUGCAAAAUCACAUCCGGAGUACAGCUACGCAGGUUAAAGUGACCAGCAGAGAUUGCAGCGUUUGCACAGUCACCCUGCCCUUGAACAGUCCCAUGCUCUUCCUACAGCCGACGCUGGUAAAGAAGCCCACCAAGAGACCCCGACUCAGCCUUACAGACGGAGAAGAGGGACCUUCAGGAUACAACACAACUACUUUGGUUUAGCUAUUUUCUUUAUUUUACCUUGAACUUAAUGUCUUCUUGGAGAAGAAUUGGCGAAUUAAGAGGCCAGAAGUGAUAAUGGCUUUCGUCCAUAUUGUCGUUGGAAAGAGCCCUGUCCAAAAGAAAGAAAAGUGCAGGAAAGGAAAAGUGCACAUGAAGUUGGACUACAUAGUAUAUAACCAUGUUACGUGUGUUGUUUGUUGUAAAGUACUAGUACACCAAACUUACAUUGUAAUGGGAUUAAUGAGCUGUACUGGCCCUUAUCAAAAUUUCACAUUUUCUCUUUACAACAUCUAAUGCUCAAAAAGCAACUACAUUUAUAGUGUCCAUGGUAAUUAAAGUCGUGGCAGCUCUAUUGUAUUAAUUGAAUCAUAAUAGACUGUGAUUAAUGACUUUCUAUAAGGCCCUGUGUUUGUUUCAGCAUGGCUGAAAGUCUACUAGAAGAUAUCCCAUGGUGUCUUCCAUGUAGGGCUGGGCGAUAUGGCCUGUAACUGAUAUCCCGAUAUAUUUUUGUUUAUAUCCCGAUGCACGAUAUAUAUCUCAAAGUUUUGAAAUCUCCUCUAAAAUUUUGUGUAAAUGUUGAUUUUAACAUUGUCAUACAUAAAAAAGACUCAAGUCAAAUAAUUUAAGAAAACUGUUAAAGGGAGGAAGGGGGAGGAGAAAUCACAAUAAAGUUAAAUUUAACAAACUUUAUUUUUAAACCAGGGAUCUACACUCAUAUUCUUUAACAACACAGCGGGUCUCCUUGCUGUGACCUGGUCCUUAAACAUCUAACAACAGCAGCUUAGGCUAUCAACAACAACAAAAAAUAAUUUAACAAGCAUCCCAUUGAAAGGCAUUUCAAAACUUUACAAAUUAAAGUGCAUUUUUCUGUGCAAGACUGCAUUUGUUGUAAAAGACAAUUAAACAAAAUAAAUAAAUAUAUUUAAAAUUAAAUUGGCACAGAAGCAGAAGUCCAUAAGUUAAAAAACAAAAAGUAAAAUGCAUCAGCAAGAAUUCUUAACUAGCACAUUUUAAUAAACAAGGUGCACUUUUUCUGCUUGUUCAAGUUUGUAAUAACCCCCCCCCCCCCCCAAAAAAAAAACAGAAUACAAAAUAAUAGAUAAAUGGAAGUCCAAUAUGUGAAUGCAAAAACAAAAAUCAAACUUUAAAUCACUGAAGUGGGUGGCAUGGUUUUGUCUAUCGCUUGUUUGCAAUAACCACUCAGCACAAAAAUGUGUCUAGAGGUUUUGUGCUAAAAACACAAGCCUGUCAACAGCUUCUGGCUUGAGUGAUGCCCUGUGACAUAUGACCACAUUCCCGCUGGUACUAAAUACCCUUUCUGAUGGGGAACUAGUGGCAGGCACACACAGAUAUUUUUUUGCCAAACUUUUCAGGUUUGGAAACAUUUCCUCAUGGUCCUUCCACCACAGCAGGGGAUCAGAUUCAGUGUCAGCACUUGGACUCUGCAAGUAGAUGGACAAUUCUGCUUUCAUUGUCUCUUUGAGUGACAAUAUAGCUGUGGAAGAGGGGUUUGCUGCCUUUUUAAAGAAACUUCCAAGAGUUUUCUUUUUUGGUGGCUCUGGUUCAGACACUGCUGGUGUUUCAUGAGACUGUGAAGCAGCUGACCGUGCUGUGCCCUGGUCAGACAGCAUCGCCUGCGCCUCCAUCUCCAAUAUGGCUCUUGACUUGACCUCCUCCACCUUCUCUGCAUUGAUGUACAUGGUUUUAAACCGUGGAUCCAAAAACGAAGCCAUGUCUAGCAGGGCAUCAGUGGCAGGGUCAGCAAACUUUUCUCUUAAAUAAUCCAGGAUGGAGACUUUGAUGGACUGGGUCAGUGGCGUGUCAUCCUCCUGAACUGCCAAGGUGCUGGUGUUGAAAAGAUGAAGCACAGGCUUCACUGUGGACACUGUAACAUAGUCCUCACCAGACAGAGCAUCAGUGAAUUCCACAAGGGGUUUUAGAGCCUUUUGCACUGACUCUAAAACUUCCAGGUCUUGCCAGGUCAGAACAAGAUGACGUGUUUUCUUGUCUGAAGACAAAACCAGAGAAAUGGCUCGUUCCUGCUCCAGCACUCGCUCAAUCAUUUUCUGACGGGAUCCCCACCUGGUAGGAGACUCACUGAUCAGCUGGUGUACAGGAAUGUUGAGCUCUCUUUGUGCAGUGGCCAGGUCUCUCCUCCUCUUCCAACUGAACGAGAAGCUGCUCACAAUCUUCUUACAAACAGCAACUGCUCGAUCAAUGCGGGGAUCUUUCAUGCUUCUCUCUGCAAGGGGUGGGGAAACGAUUUAAAAGAUUAAAUAGAAAUAAUUAUUCAUUCAGCCUAAUAGUGAGAACUGUUUAAGUAAUUUAUCCUCCACAGAUCUGACCUUUGACAUGUUUAAAAAAAACUCAUAUGCUUUACAAAAUAUAUAUUGUCAAUAACACCACAAUAUGAAUGACAAACUGUUUUCAACGUAAGAAUGGCUAGUUUUUAACUGGAUGUGAAUAGAUAAUGAAAUGCUCAUAUUUUUAAUUGCAUGAAAAAUAUGAUUGAAAGUACUCAAGCUGUUUAAAUGCAUAAAAAAUACUGAAACGGUUUCAAAGUUUUUAAUUUUAAUUGUGCUGAAAUAUAAAAUAGUAUCUUAGCUAUAUUAACCACUGUUAUAAAAAAUAUAAAUGAUAUCUCAAUUAGAAGGAGGGAAACCUAUACAAAUACUCACCAAUAGCAAGGUGCAAUCGAUGGCCAAAACACUGUAGCCUUCUCCACCCAUUCAGACUCAUUGCUUUGAUUAUGUUAGCCCCAUUGUCUGUUGUGACACAGACUUGAUGAGUUUCUGACAAAUUCCAUGAAAUGAGAGCAUCUUGCAGUCCUUGUGCAAUUAACUCUGCUGUAUGAUCAUCAGGGAAAAAACUUGUCUGAAGGCACGCACUUUUAAGCUCCCAACUGUCGAUGUAAUGUAUAGUUAAGCUGAGGUAAGGCUCACAUGUUCUGCUGGUCCACAGAUCCGUAGUUGUAGAGAAGUGGGUCACGUUUUUGAGUUUUUCUGCUGUCUUUUCUCGCACUGAAAUGUACAAUUCUGGUAGCGCUUUUUCUGCAAAGAAUUUGCGACCAGGCAAAUCAUACUUUGGGUCAAGUGUUUUGAUGAGGCCUCGGAAUCCAGGCUUUUCCACAACGCUAACUGGGGCCAUGUCUUUAGCAAUGUACCUUGUUACUGCAGCCGUUAUCUCUCUCCAUUUUGAACUUUUUCUGUCGUAUGGGAUUGAUUUAGCAAACGAAGAAACCAAAGUCAUUUGUUUUGCUGCCAGUUCGUCUGAUGAUUUCUUCCGUGUCGGUGGAGAUGUGACCACGCGGAGCUUGAGACAUUCUUCAUGUUGCUGAGGAUGACAUUUCAGGUGGUGAAACAAGUUGGUGGUACUGCCGCCUUUUGUAGCAACGGUUUUACAACAUAUUUUGCAAAUAACUGCAUUUUGUUCAACGUCUUCCUUUCGAAACCCGAACCACCGCCAGAUGAUGGAUCCAGAGCUGUUUUUCUUAAUAACUAAAUCGUCCGUACCACGUUCAGCUUCCAUCCCCUAACAUUUAUAAGUUCGCACGUUGCAGGUAUUACUUCCGUUGUCUCCAAGUUUCUUUUCCCGUUUCACGUAAUGUAACAACACGCAUGCGCUGUACGGGCGGGGUGAGUGCCAUCUGCUGUUGUGAGCGGGGCAGUCUGCUUGACUAUUUAUACUCGAUGUACGCGAUAUGCUUAUUUUAUAUAUCUCGGGUCAAACAACUCGGGAUAUAUCGAGUAUAUCCGAUAUAUCGCCCACCCCUACUUCCAUGUACUGUAUAGUUUGAUUUCUAUUAAAACAAGACAAAGGUUGGGAAGACUUAAAUGUCAGACAGAAAAAUGCUUUAAGAAUUCAUUUAAACUUAAGAAAGCAAUGAUGUAUAACAGUUUUUCCUCAUGUAAACCAAACUGCUUAUAAUAGUGCUCAUGUAUUACAGCAGAGGUUUUCAAAGAUUAAGAGGUGCUGUAUGUCUUAACUCAGCAUUAAAAAAUGACAUCAAACUUA